AUAAUUUAUCCCUUUUGUCGGUGAAGACAUAGGAAAGCGCUCUUCUAAUUGGUCUGACCACGUUAUAUUUAUUUUUCAACAAUUAAUAGAAAUAACGAAAUGGCUGGAGAUGAGUCUAAGUCAAGCUUGUCCAGCAAUGUUUUACAAAUGAAGUUUAUGAAAAGGAGUGCACUUAGAAUAGAAAAAGAAAAAAGUGAAGAAGAAAGGAAACAUGAAAUAGAUGAUGAACAUUGGGUGUUGGAUCUGCCGCCUAUUGAACAAAGAGAAAGUAAAUAUGUUUUAGAGCCAAGCUAUGAAAGAUGUGAAAAUUUAAUGUAUGGAAGGAUGUCUUUCAAAGGUUUCAACGCUGAAGUAGAG